AUGCUUGCUACCAGUUCAGCGGAUCAAACAGCCUGUAUAUGGGAUGUGAGAAAUAUAAAAAUUAAGGAGCCUGAUUGCCUGAAGGUUUUCAAAGUUAACAAAUCUGCUCAGCCAGCUUAUUUCUCACCUAGUGGCCGCAUGUUAGCAGUAACAAGGUACUUUAUUUCUGACCAUUUUCCUACCCUACAACUUGCUUAG